AUGCAACUUCCCCCGCUCGCCGUAAUGGCGACCUGGCCCACGCCAAACUACAUCGACCCUCCAACCCGCGGCCACGGCGUUCUCAUUGUGAAUGUCGUCUGUAUUGCCCUGGCAUUCUUCGUGGUCAUACUCCGUCUAUACACUCGAUUCCGGAUUACCUGCAGUGCCGGCGCUGACGACGUUCUCAUCGUAUUCGGUCUUGCUUUCGCCAUUGCCAUGGUGGCUGUGACGUCGCUGGCUUCAGAGAAUUGGGGCUGGAAUCGCCAUGUUUGGGAUGUGCCAGAAACGUGGCUCACGACUGUGCAGAAACUCAACAUCGUCUUCCAAAUCUUGUUCUCUUGGUCAUCGAGUCUCACGAAAAUCUCGCUGCUGUGGUUCUGUCGCCGGCUACUCGGCCCUGGAAAGGGCAAUUUUAAGUGGUUCAACUGGGCUUUUAUUGGAGCUAUGCUCUUUGUCGGAGUGUCUUGCCUCAUGUUCACAUUCAUCAGUAUCUUCCAGUGCUCACCCGUCAAGGCGUACUGGGAUGUCAGCCCUACAUAUCCACACAAAUGCCUGAAUGGAGGAAGCCUCGUCUUCGCUGCCAGUGUCAUCAACAUCUUCACCGAUUUCCUCGUCACGGCCCUGCCUAUGCCACUAAUUUGGAGUCUCAAGCUGCCUGCCCGUCAACGUCUGGCAGUUAUCUCCAUCUUCGGGCUAGGAAUCAUCGUCAACGUUGCCGGCUCCGUACGCACCGUAUACGUCUGGCGAAGCAUGGUUGUCGGCUACGAUACAACCUGGGUCGGCUGGCCGGUUCUGAUCGCCGCCGCGGUAGAGAUCAAUCUCGGUCUGAUCUGCUCCUCUGCUCCCGCGCUACGCCCACUCAUCGCAACCUUCCUCCCCCGUCUCCUCAACUCCACACGUAACAUCGGCUAUUCCUACAACCAGCGCAGUCGAUCCCAAAAACUCUUUUCCACAACUGGCCGCUCCGGACACUCCCACAUUCCCGCGACCCAAACCUCCCGCAAGGGCGACUUCGAAAACGACCGCUUCGAAAUCAUGCGCACAGUCGAGAUGGAGACGUGGACUGAGGCUCGAAUCGCACAUCAUGAUACGAUCGGCCAUACGUAUGAUAUUGGUACUGAGAACCGUGCUGAUUCGCCUGAGAGUAUUGAGAUGAAGAACGGUCCUUUGGUGUUCUCGUCUGCGGCUAGUGAGAAGUCGUCUAGUUCGUUGACGAGGGAUGAGGCAUACUAUGGACGGCGAUGA